CGCAGCCAGAGUGACGUGGGGGCGCCGGCAGCCGGAGUUUCUGGGCACAGUCGGCUUUGGCGGGGGACCGCUAUAGCAGUGAUGACUGAUGAUGACUCCGAGAGCGUCCUCUCCGAGUCCCAAGAAGGGUCGGAGCAGGACCUGCCUGUUAUCCAGCUGUGCGGGCUGGUGGAGGAGCUCAGCUAUUUAAACUCUGCUCUCAAAACUGAGACAGAGAUGUUUGAGAAAUAUUACAUUAAACUGGAGCCCAGGGAUCAUCGACUUCUACGAUUAUCAGAAAUUAAAAUGUCAGCAGCAGAUUAUGCACAGUUUCGAGGCAGGCGUAGAUCCAAAUCCCGGACAGGUGUGGAUCGUGGGAUGGUCCUGACUGUCGACCAAAAACUCGAGCUAGUACAAAAGGAGCUGGAAGACACAAAGGAUGACCUACGGCGCAUGAGGGCAAAUGCGGAACGUGACCUGCAGCAUCAUGAGGCGAUCAUUGAGGAGGCUGAAAUUCGAUGGGAUGAAGUUGAGAGAGCAGUGCACGAGUUUGAAAAAGAUAUUCUAAAAGCCAUAUCUAAGAAGAAAGGGAGUAUUUUGGCCACUCAGAAAGUGAUGAAGUACAUCGAGGACAUGAACCGCCGGAGGGAUAAUAUGAAGGAGAAAUUACAUUUGAAAAAUGUUUCUCUCAAAGUUCAGAGGAAAAAAAUGCUUUUACAAUUGAGGCAGAAGGAAGAAGUGGGCGAGGCCCUUCAUGAGGUUGAUUUUCAGCAGUUGAAGAUAGAGAAUGCUCAAUUUCUGGAGACAAUUGAAGCAAGGAAUCAAGAACUGACCCAGCUAAAGCUGUCAUCUGGAAACACUCUACAGGUCCUCAGUGCCUACAAAAGCAAGCUUCACAAGGCAAUGGACAUGUGCAUCAAUCUGGACAAGGAGAUCUUGCUGAGGAAAGAGCUACUUGAAAAAAUUGAAAAAGAAAUGCUACAAGUAGAGGAGGACCGGGCCAAAGCCGAGGCAGUGAACAAGAGGCUCCGGAAGCAGCUGGCCAAGUUCCGGGCCCCACAGGUGAUGACUUAUGUCUGGGAGAAGAUCUCAAAUGGGGACCUGGAGAAGAGCAUCAAGAUGUGGGAAAGGAAAGUGGAGAUAGCAGAGAUGUCCUUAAAAGGCUACCGUAAGGCUUGGAAUCGAAUGAAAACAACCAAUGAGCAGUUGCAGGCAGAUUAUCCUGAUGAGAAGUAGCCAGAGGCAGGCCACGCUUACAGACCCAGACGUCAGCUAUUAAAGUAAUCAGCUCCUUU